AUCCAUUUGCGCCACUGUAGAUAAAUGCGAUUUAGCAUUUGUGCAAUGCCUACUUAUGCAUCGUAUUUGGUCCAUGAAAUUGACGUGUACUAGCUUGGAUCGUGUAAAAAAGAACAAACAUUCUUGAGUCCAAAACUAAGACAAGAACAGAUAUACAGAAAUAAGGUAAGGCUUGCGCAAAUUUGGAAAGCGGUGUGGAGUAGUUUUGUAGUUUGUUGUAGUUGGGUGUAAGCAAUUAGCAGUAGAGAGAGAAUGCAUCUGAGCGAGAACGAAGGGAUAGAGAACAAUAGUUUCGUAGUGACCGGUGGACUAGGCUUCGUAGGCUCCGCACUUUGUCUUGAGCUCGUCAGAAGGGGUGCUCGUAUUGUUAAGGCCUUUGAUCUUCGUACCCAUUCUCCUUGGUCUCAUCAACUCCGUCAAAAUGGGGUUCAUUUCAUCCAAGGGGAUAUAACAGACAAACAAGAUGUCCAGAAAGCACUACGAGGGGCAGAUUGUGUUUUCCAUCUUGCUUCCUAUGGCAUGUCGGGGAAAGAAAUGCUCCAAUAUCGUCGUGUUGAUGAGGUUAAUAUAAAUGGAACCUGUCACAUUAUUGAUACUUGCGUUGAGCAUCAGAUUAAGAGGCUUGUUUAUGUGAGCACAUGUAAUGUCGUUUAUGGUGGUAAGGAAAUCGUUAAUGGCAAUGAAAAUCUACCUUAUUUCCCUGUUGAUGACCAUGUUGAUCCAUAUGGACGCAGCAAAUCCAUCGCUGAGCAAUUAGUCCUAAAGAGCAAUGGUCGUCCCUUCAAUAAGAAAAAUGGAAAAUGCCUUUACACCUGUGCAAUUCGUCCAGCUGCUAUAUAUGGUCCAGGUGAAGAAAGGCACCUGCCGAGGAUCAUAACUCUUGCAAAGUUAGGUCUGCUUCCGUUCAAAAUUGGUUCACCAAAUGUGAAAUCAGAUUGGGUGUACGUGGACAAUCUUGUAUUGGCACUUCUAUUGGCUAGCAUGGGACUUUUGGAUGACAUCCCUGGCAGAAAAGGGCAUCCAGUUGCUGCUGGUCAACCUUAUUUUAUAUCAGAUGGGUCUCCGAUCAACAGUUUUGAGUUCCUUCGCCCUUUACUGAAAAGCCUGGACUACGACCUACCAAAGACAUCACUAACUGUCUCUCAAGCUCUUCUUCUGGGAAAUUUUUUCUGGGCCUUGUACUCCAUCUUGCAUCCUUGGUUAAAUCGUAGCUGGCUUCCUCAACCUCUGAUCCUUCCUGCUGAAGUCUAUAAGGUUGGUGUCACUCAUUACUUCUCAUUUCUAAAAGCAAAGGAGGAACUUGGAUACAUCCCACUAGUGAGUUCCAAGGAGGGUAUGGCUGCAACCAUCGCAUAUUGGCAAGAAAGAAAAAGGAGGAGUUUGGAUGGACCUACAAUAUGGACAUGGCUGUUUUGUGCGAUUGGAAUGUUAUCGUUGUUUGGUGCUGCAUACUUGCCGGAUUAUGGACCCAUUCCCUUUGUUAGAGCAAUUGGCCUCUUCUUCUUUCGCUCUAUGUUGGCAUUGAAAGUGAUGUUUGUUCUAGCAGCUACAGCACAUGCAGGUGAAGCUAUAUAUGCAUGGAAUCUUGCAAAAACAGUAGAUCCUGCAAAUGCAAAAGCAUGGUUUUGGCAGACAUUUGCUUUGGGGGUAUUUUCCCUAAGAUUCCUGCUGAAGAGAGCUCAAAAGUAGGGUUAUCAUAUUUCUUUCGUCGACUUUAGCUAUGAAACAUGUAAGUGCAAUCAUAUCAAGUUGAGAGAUUAUGAUACCUUUCAAUACCUACAACGUUUUUCUCCUUUUUUUGGUCGUCUCAAGAGACUGUGACUUUAUUUUGUAUAAUGUUGGUUUUUUGGUCGUCUCGAGAGACUGUCUUUAUUUUGUAUUAUAUUGGACAGAGUGUGUUUAAAUGGAGCGACGUGGUCAAUGAGGAUUCAUAUAGUCAACUCUAACUUGUUGGAGAUUGAGACAUAA